UCUAUAUUUAUAAUGCUUGUUUCUAAUCAUAAAUUAUCUAAAAUUCCAAAAAAUAGACCAGUUAUAAAAUGGUUAUUAAGGCAUACAACGCAAAUGUGCGAACUUCAAAGAAUUUGUUAUGGAGAACUCCCUGGAGCACCAAGAACACUAGCUGUAGAAAAAUCUCUUAAGUUAUCUAAAAAUGCAAAUAUCAAAACUCUUUUAAUCUACUUGAAUGAUCUUGCUGAUCGAUGUGCAUUUACAAAUCAAGCAAAACGAAAAAUUGUAAAGGAAGCUAUUGAAAGUGUAUUGGUAACUAAGAAAAUAAAUCCAGCAGCUCAUCCUGAUUUUUCUAAAUCAUUUGGUAAAUGUAUAGAAUUAAUUUGGGGCUAUAGACAACUUUGUGUGGAAUGUGAAGAGCUUAGGAGAACACCUUAUGAUGCUGAUAAUCCAGAUCAUGAGUUAUUAUUAUUAAAGUUAUGGAAUUUAUUAAUGCCAUAUGAGCCUCUAGAUGCUAGAGUUACUAAACAAUGGCAACACAUUGGCUUUCAAGGUGAUGAUCCAAAAACUGAUUUUCGUGGAAUGGGAAUUUUGGGAUUAGAAAAUUUAGUUUAUUUUGCUCAGGAAUAUCCCAGUGCUGCAACACAUGUAUUAUCGCAUUCUACACAUCCACGUUAUGGUUAUGCAUUUGCCAUAGUUGGCAUAAAUUUAACAAGUAUGGCAUUAAAAUUACUAAGGGAUGGAAGUGCUAAAACUCAUAUUUAUAAUUCUUCAAAGGGUUUUCCAACAAUUCGUGCAUUUCACCAAUUUUAUAGUUAUCUUUUCUAUGAAUUUGAUGGAUUUUGGAUUGACUCAAAACCAAGUAAUAUGAUGGAAUUUUCAUGUAUACAAGAAAAGUUUGAAAAUAGUAUCAGAAUGGCACUAGCUGACACAUCUAUGAUUUUUAGGAUAAAUAUAUCAGUUGAUAAUGUUUAAAAUAUAUGAAAUAUUUUUAAUUAAUAAAACUAAAUCGUGAUCACAGUAAAUAUACUAUUGCACAAAACUACUUCUAUAAUAUGUAAAACAGUGUCUUGUGAGCGAAUAAUAGCAUUAUUGUGAACUAUGAUGAUAUUAAGACAUAAAACAAAGCAAUUAUUUUGAAAUUAUUAAGUUACAGAAAGAUACAAAGAAUUUUAAUACAUUUGAUAUCAUAUUUUUACUUUAUUUUUUUACUUGCAAUAAAAAACUAAUAAAGGAAAUGUAUUGUUACCUAAUGAAUGUGAAACAGUUUACAUUCAAUCUUAUUUAACAAAAAUAAGUUAAAGUACAACGUUUAU